UGGGCAGGUCAGCGCGUGUGAUGUAAACACACCUUCCCCGAGGUGCCCGACUCUCUAGGUCACCCGGCCCGAGUGAGGACCAGAAGGGAGGCCGCUCGGGUCCACGGGGACGGACACCUGCUGCGUGCAGAGCAUGUUGGAGGACCCGAGGAAGCCCAGACAUGGUGUGUGUGCCCAGGGAGUGUCCCAAGAACCAGUGAGGAGGACGCAGGACCCCUGACACUUGCCACCCUGUCCUGCUAGCCAUGCUGACCUUGACAUUCCCCCUUCUGGCUCUCCCCCUUCUCUGGACCAUCCUCCCGGCCACCUCCCUGAGUGUUCAGAGUGGAAUUUGGGACGACCCCAGCUGCACCAAAGGCAUGGUUUCCGUGUCCAGAGGGGAGCGUGCUGUGAUGGCCUGCAACAUCUCCAACGACUUCCGGGGCGUCGUCAUCUACCUGGGUGCCCACAGGAAGGGCCAGCCCCUCUUCCACGUCAGGCGUCCAGGAUACUUCAGCCGGGCCGGGUGGCACCUCCACGUCCAGGGAGGCACGGCGCAGCUGGUGAUCGACGAUGCGAAUGACACCCAGGCGGGGUGCUACACGUGGCAUCUCCAGGGCCGGCAGAGAAAUGUCAGAGUCACCAUGCUGAACGUCUCAGAGGCAGAGCCCCAAGAUCUGAAGGAGACAGGACAUCUGCUGUUUGCUUCUUCGCGCGACCCGGACAUGGACACGCCACACCUGCCCAGGGCCAGAGACCAGCUCAACGUGGUCGUUGUGGUCAUUAGCGUCAUUGUCUUCCUGGCUCUCCUGCUGGUCAGCAUGUCCACCUGCACCAAAAGCAUAUUUCCCCGCCCCUAUGCCUUCUGGAAGUACGAGGCCCCCCGGGUCUGACACCCUGCUCCUCUGGAGGCUGGUGGGAGUAGAGGUCACCCCAGGCUGCAGGUGCCAAGUGGAGCAGAGAGCACACACCCCUCGGUCCAAGGACCCCAGGUGCUGUGGCAGGUGCCUACCCCAGCCAGGCCCUCCGGGUCCCCAGAGCACUGGCUUUGUGGCAGGACGCCCCGGAGGACACACAGAAGCUGGGCUUCCUGCUCCUUCCAGGAGACCGCGUCCCGAGGGUGCGUCUGCGUGUAUGUGAGCACGUGUGGCCUGCGUGGUCCUGAGUGUCUGCGCCACAGAUCGCUGACUCUGAGCGGAGGAGUGAGGCCCUGUGAGGAGGGUGACCAGCGGGCCUGAAACCCAGAACCGGCCCCAGGAGCCCUGCCUGACCCUGAGGCCACCAGCCCCUUCCGUUCCCCUCCUCCUGGCAGGGAGCCUGCUUCUUCCUCUGCCUGGGUCUCUGUUUCUGUGUGUCUCUCAUGAAAAAAUAAAAUCUUUUUUAAAAACUAAAAA